AGUUAUCACUGAAGACUGAACUGACUGAAACUGAACUAUUGCAGUUAUUCGAUAAUUUUUGAUAUUAAGUGAAUUGUUUGAAUAAUUAAUUAACCUUGACCGUGAUUAAUCAAUGUUAGUGGUGAUCGUAAUAUGAGUAAUUAGUAUACGAAAUAACGUAUGUAAAAUGUAAACAUACAUUGACUGUUUCAUAUUUCACUCAUUUUAUCCUGUAUGCAUCUGAUUGAUAUGGAAGUAGAAAAUGGCCAACAAUUACAUAUUACAAAGUAGAAUUAAAGAGUUACACUUGAGUAUUUUCAAAAGUCAUGACGCUUAUUUACACGAAAGAAAGUCGCCAAAUAAAAUCAAACUACGCGAAUCGUUGGAAAAUGAUAUUAAAGAAUUCAUCAGUCUUGUACCUCAUCAAGAUAAAUUCUCUCACCCGAAGUUUAUCGAGAUACUGAAACGCAGUAUUCAGCAAACCGAAGAUUUCAAUGCUACAGAUGCAGCUUCAGCGUGGUUGGCUAUUUCAACUUACGCUAGUAAUUUAUGUACGGAACCUUGGCGAACCGAGUAUCGCGAAAUUAGACUGUAUUCUGGAUUUUAUAAACAUCAUAUCGAAAAACACUUAUAUGGCGCUGAAGCCUUAUUAGAACUUAUGGGAUAUGAACUCGUCGAUGGUUGUAAAAUGAUCCUUAGAGAGCCCCCGAACGCCGAUAAUCUAACUAAAACAUCAUUAAACGCUUUGGUAGCAAUGUGUGAAUGCCAAGUAUUAUUCAGUAUUUUCAGCGAAGUGUCCAAGUACCUGCCUAGAUACACGUAUUACGAUAUAUUAACGUUUCGCGAAAUGUACGUUUGCUCCGUUGAAUCUGCAAUUCGUUGUAUACUCUCAUCACAAUGUACUCCGAUGAAUUAUUGUACAGAAUGCGUAUAUCCGUAUCCCGUCUACGCAAGCAACUGUUGCCGGAAAUGUUACAAUCCUACUUGUAUGCCCACCAACGGCUACCGUAACUAUUACUCGAGUAAUGUGCCUUAUCGUUCGUCCGAACAAUUACCAUACACUAAUGGAGACUGCAACUAUGUCCCAACCGAUAAACUAAUCGAUUUAGACGAUCCCUCAGAUACCUGUUCCUAUAAAUCAAACCACUGGAAUUCGGAUAAUACGCAUAAAUACGGAGACCGCUACCUAUCCACCGACAGUAAUUUAUCUUACGGAGAUGAUACUUUGAAAAGACUCGAUAAAGUAUCCGAAGACCGAACCCAGUACAGAAAAUCAAUGGAAUAUUUAAUUAAACCUGAAAACGAUCGUAGUAGAAAGUUAUCCAAAUCUAAUAACGUCGAGGACUCAUUCAGUACUUUAAACCUCAACACACCGACAGAACCUGGUAUUCCGUACGAUGAAGUAGAUUCUACUUAUGUUAGUGAUAGAAAAAAAAUCAACGGUGAUCCAUCUAGACCGAGAUCGAGGUCGAAAAAAAGCAGUUCUAAAGUUAGCAGUAAAAAGUAUUCCAGAAAUUCGGACAUGUUUCCGUGGAGCUGCUCUAGUUGUACUUUUAGUAAUACCAAGCUAUUGGAUAUUUGCGAAAUGUGUGGUAAAAGUAAGAAUUUCACCAAUGAUACGCCACUCAUUAGCGGUGGAAAAGAAUGUCAACGAUGUACCUUGGUAAAUGAUAAAAAUGUUAAGAAAUGUGCAGCUUGCGAACAAGAUCUAUCCGGUUGUUGUCAUUACGUUUAGCGUUUAUGUUUAUAUUUAUGAGUUUUAUGAGUAUUCCGUCGUUCCUAACUUUGACAAAAAUGAAUACUAAUGUGAUUAAUUUCAGAUCUGAAAUAUCGUAUUUAUGUUUCUCUCGUAAUUUAUUAUUUGUAAAUGAGCUGAGUGAAAAAUGUUAUUAUUAUUAUUUUUUUUUUUGUAUUCGAGUACUGGGGAAUCUCGAGAUUUCCGUCGUAUUCGAAUAGUAGAAAUUUCGUGACUGUGAUGUCAGUGUUGGAUAUCAAACUUUCCUAAAUUAUUUAGAGGUAUACUCUUGAAAAAGGGGAAGCUACAAAAACACAAAUCAUGAUGAAUGAAACCAUUCGAUAAGUAUUGUUUUUGCGUAAGGAACAUUAAUUACCUAUAAAGGUGUUUGUUUGUUGCAUUUUAUACGCUCUAUGUUUGUAAAAUUGUGUUGAAUGAUUAUACGUAAAUGUUUGAAAGUUA